GGCGCGGGGGGAGCCUCUUCGGGACGGACCGAGAGUUGGGGCUGGGAGACGGAAGCGCUGCUCCGCCCUAGAGGCGAUGAUGAGUUUCGAGUGGCCCUGGCAGUACAGUUUCCCGCCCUUCUUCACGUUGCAGCCCAAUGUGGACACGAGGCAGAAGCAACUGACGGCUUGGUGUUCCUUAGUGCUUUCCUACUGCCGCCUCAACAAGCUCUACACCAUGACUGUCGCAGAGGCUCAGGAGAGCCCACUGUUCAACAACUGGAAACUGCAGCGAAAGCUCCCAUUGGAAUCCAUCAUUGUGGUGUUAGAAGAACUCAGGAAAAAAGGGAAUCUUGAAUGGCUUGACAAGAACAAAUCUAGCUUUCUGAUCAUGUGGCGGCGUCCGGAAGAAUGGGGCAAGCUCAUCUAUCAGUGGGUGUCAAAGAAUGGGUUGACCAACUCAGUUUUCACCUUGUAUGAGCUGUCCAAUGGCGAUGACACAGAGAAUGAAGAGUUCCAUGGCUUGGAAGAAUCCAUGCUUCUCCGUGCUCUGCAAGCUCUGCAACAGGAACACAAGGCUGAAAUCAUCACCCUGGAUGACGGGCGGGGCGUCAAGUUCUUCUAACCAACCUUCUCCUCUGGCUUUCCGGUCUGACUGGGCAAAAGUGUUUUUUGGGUUGAAGGGCUUCUCUGUGCUCUGGUUUCCUUGCGUCAAAGGCCAAAGCGGCAACGUGUUGUCUUGGCGGCUCGGCGCCCGACUCCGGGUUCCUUCCCCUCUGCUGCUUCUGUCCCUUUUGAGGGGUUGUGGUGUUCUGAAGAUGCUCUGAAUAGAUUUGUAGAGGACCAGAGCGUUGGCGGGGUGCAGCUGACACGAAGCAGGUGUGGGCUCUUUGGGUUUGGCCUCCCCAGUGCAGGGCAUACCACGGACCCUGCCGCUUGCAGCUGUGAGCCACAAAGUUGGGAUCAAAAACCUAGUAGUCUCCCUCCAGCAGGGCAGGAGGCCAUGCAGACUGGGCUAUCCACAGCAGGAUAAGACAUUGAGGACUUUAGGCAAAAUUAAACCACACUAUUUACAAGACUA